AUGAUAAAACUACAGACCAUCGGCCGUGGCGCCUGCGGCACUGUAUGGGCAUCCGAAACGGGACCGGCCUACAAAAGGGAAGAUGGAAACCCAGCACGCUCCCUCCAAAACGACUUCGAAAUGCACAAUCGAGUACUUAAAAGUCGACAAACCCUCAUGAGAUUAAAAUCCACUCAAGUCCAAAUCCAGAUACCAUCCUGUCACAACUUCAUCGAGCCAAGGAACAAAGAGUGGUGGGCUGCAAAUCUAGAAAGAUUUCCCCAAGGAUACACACCAUGCAAUAUGAUUGAGGCACAACGUAUUCCACCAUUUGGAGAAUCAGCCCGACACCUUCUUAUUCAAGCAUUCUGCCCGGAUGAAAUCAAACAAAAGAUCAUCAAUAGCGAGCCGGAUCGAGAUUGCCUAAUUCGACUAUAUUUGGGCAGACGACGAACACAUACCCGGGGUUCUCAAACCUUCUCGCGGUUCAAAGCAUUCUCUUUACGAAAUUACCCGUUACAUGAAGACCAGCUAGAGGAGCUGGCAAUCCCAGCUGAUGAUCUUCAUCAAUAUGCCCGAAUGAUGGCAGAAGCACUUGCUAUGAUGCACUGGAUUGCUGGCAUAGAUGCCAAUGAUGUUGAGUUUGUCCUCGCGCCCUGCAAUGAUAACGAUGGUGGCCAUAUCGAUAAUGUCUUGGGAAGGCAUAGCAUGUGGAUUUUGGACUUUGAUCUAUGCAGAGAUAUGACGAUGGACGAGAAUGGUGUUGGAAAAGCCGUGAAGGCCUUCUGGAGAAACGAUCCCUUCUAUCCUCGUCCGGAAAAUUCCCUAUGGGAUACAUUCCGAGAGCAAUACAUCCAUACUAGUGAUGAGUGUCUGGAGCUUUGUGACGUCCACAAAAGGGAAAAGCGACAAUUUUUGUCGAGGUUGUUUAUUGAACAAGUGGAAGCCUGGGGCAAAGACAGCUCUUAA